AAUCUAUCGUCAGUAAUAGUCAGACAGUGCUACCACACGGAGGUGCAGAUAAAGGACACUAAUUCACAAUGUUGACCACCAUCGAUAUUCGACACGUCUUAAAAAUCUUGCCAUACUUGAUGCUGAUAUUUCUCCUCGUUCUGGGAGAGACUGAUGCAAGAGAUGAAGACUUUGUCAUUGAUUUACCACUGCAAAAGAUUGAAUUCAGCGACCUCCCAAGUAUCCAGUCAGCAACAAACGACGAAAUUGGAGACACCAAGAAAAUAGUGCCCCGCUUGCGAUCACCUCAACUAAUUCCAGACAGACACAUUGAUAGAAUUAAGAGAAGGAAGGGAAAGCAGAAACGGCUUUGUGGAACUGAAGAGUUUUGGCACAGUCGGGGUCACAAGUGCGUACCCAAGAUUUGCUCUCCAGGAACUCAUCGACGUAGGUACGACGGAGAAUGCGUUGUGACAAGUGAAAGGAUUGAACAAGUGCAAGGAUUUUCAGGGCAUCAAAAGUACCGAUACAGUGGAAUUUCUUGGAAACGGAAGCAAAAGGUGGUUUAUCACGGCUUGCCUCCUCGUUUCGGCCCUGGAAUGGGAAUCUCAGGAAGAUUUUAAUAACGUUGUCGUCUCUUGCAGUGGUAAUAAAUAUGGCUAAAUAAUUGAUAAGACUUAUCACUAUCGCUUAUUCUAAUUUCAAUUUAAUAAUAUUCUUAUUCUACUAACUGUAACAAUAAUUACUAUAUAAGCUUAAGUUGAGUUAAAUACAUGAUAAAAUAUACUCACAAACUGCAUUCGUACACUUGUA